AUGCCUGGACUCAUUAACAAGGAGAACCGGGGCGCUCUGCCACUCAGUGUGUCUGACAUCAGUUCCUGUGUCAGGGGUUACACUUUGGCUCUGACAGCUUCUAUGACCUAUGAAAAUAUUGAGGAUCAUGCAAUUGAAGGGAUCUUCAUUUAUCCACUGGAGGAAAAUUCUAUUGUUGUAGGCUUCGAGGCUAUGAUAUCUAGUCAGAUUAUAACACUUCAGAUCAAAGACAAGGCAAAAAUCGACGACUGUUAUCUGGAUUGCUGCAGCACAUCUAAUGGAGCUCUCCAGAGUGGCAGCGGACACAUAGUGAUGGAUGAGGAUUUUGAGAGGACCGUGUUAGUAGUUAACCUUGGGAUCAUCCCUCCCAUGGAGACGGUCCAUAUUUUGGUCAGUACCUCCUCCGAGCUUUCCACUCUGCCAAGUGGGGGCAUCAGAGUCUCAUCUCCACCUGUGUGUACGCCCCGGGUGCAGAGGUCCAUCAACGAGGAGCAGGGACUGUCCCCAAACUUCUCCAGAACGCGGGACAGACAGACCUCUGCUUCAAGUCCUCAUGACCAAACUCCCAACACACCUCAGCUUUGGUUGGCUUUACUGCUGGAGGAGGAGGCCAUCAACUCCAUGGACUAUGAGUUUAACUUCCAGCUUGAGAUACGAGCUCCCUAUCUCCUCGCAGGUGUGGAGAGCCCUUCUCACGCCAUCCGAGCUGAUGCAGAUCCUCUGGCCCGCUCUGCUACCAGCAUUGUAAUCACUCUGGCAGACAAGUACACUUAUGACUACCCGGUCGUAAUCCUCAUCUACCCAAGCGAGCCUCAUGUGCCGCAUGUGCUCAUUGAGAACGGGGACAUGACACAGGAGGAGUAUGAUGAGUAUCUUCACAGCCGGAGCGAUUUCAUCAAGGCCACCAAGAAGGACUCCAGCAAUGAGAGGAAAGUAGAUAUAAUUCACAAGAGACUCCAUAAGGAUAUCCUCCACAACCCUGUGGUUAUGCUGAACUUCUGCCCUGACCUCAAGUCCAUUUGCUCUGACUUGAGGAAGGUUCACGGCGAAUUCAUCUUCCUCAUCGACCGCAGCGGCAGCAUGAGCGGGGUUAACAUCAACCGUGUGAAGGAUGCCAUGGUGGUUAUUCUGAAGAGCCUGGUGCCUGGCUGUGUUUUCAAUGUCGUAGGAUUUGGAUCUACAUUUAAAUCACUAUUCACGACAAGCCAAAGCUACGAGGAGGAUGCCCUGGCCAUUGCUUGCGAGUAUGUUAGAAAGAUAAGAGCUGACAUGGGGGGCACGAACAUCCUGGCACCGCUCACAUGGAUCCUGAGGCAGCCUUUGAUCAGUGGACACCCCCGCCUGCUCUUCCUGCUCACAGACGGUGCUGUCAGUAACACGGGCAAAAUUAUCGAUCUGGUCCGCAGCCAUGCACGCUACAUCAGAUGUUUUACGUUCGGCAUAGGACAGAAUGCUUGCAGGAGGCUGGUGCAGGGGCUGGCGACAGUUUCCAAAGGAACAGCAGAGUUUCUCGCUGACGGAGAAAGGCUUCAGCCCAAGAUGAUAAAGUCCCUGAAGAAAACCAUGACUCCUGUACUCAGCGACAUUUCCAUCGAAUGGCUCUUUCCUGAAACCAAAGAAGUGCUGCUCUCCCCUGUGGGCAACACCUUUCUGUUUCCAGGGGACAGUCUGAUUGGCUACAGCGUGGUUUGUGAUACCACCCGCUAUCACGACAACCCCAAAUCUGAUAAGAGGAGGCGAUACAGCAUGAUGCGGUCUGUUGAGUCAGCCAGCUCAGUGUUUUACCACUCUCAAGAAGAGGACCCAGUGAAGACAGCUGGUGACAAUCUGGGUUCACACAGGGAGGGCCAUUCUGGCGCUCUGUAUGAUUCCUACCAGGACUCCAUGAUAGACAGCAGCCCUGUCGGCACAGACCAUGACCCUAUGGGUUUAGAUAAGACAUCACCGAGAAGGCGUGCCUAUAGUACCAACCAGAUAUCAGACUACAACCCAGCGAAGAAGGUCUACACUCCCAGUGACCCCAGCUCUGUGGCGGUGAAGAAUCCACUGAGGAGAGCCAAAGUCCAGGAGCUGAUAGGCCAGAUGAGCCCUGAAUAUGAUGCACAGUGGAGGAGUGACUACCAGCCGCAGCUGGCAAGUCUGGGUACCACAUCUACCAGGGGGCGUUCUGCCAGCUGUCACAAGCCGGUCCUUCAACAGGAGCUCUUUCUGCAGCAUGAAGCCGACUCUGAGCAUCAUUUUCAUCCCCAGCCACAGGACGAUCCUCCGCCCAGCGGCGGCAAUGUGACGCCUGUGUCUCGCAAUGCUGCCAGGGAAGAUGGAUCCAGAUCUUCCACAGACAGCCCAUCUCUUGGGAGCAUUGGCGACACAGAUGGUUAUGGACACCAGUUGUGCCGAGCAGAAACCCCACAGGAUACCCAUGCUGCACAUCUGGGUGCUGCCAACCAGCACAAAGGUGACUGCAAGGCUGUGGUGUCUGGACUGCUGUGCGGAAAACCAAUGAAGUGGGAGGUUGUGUUUGAUAUCGAGCCCUUUCUGAAUGGCCGUGAACGUGAGGAAAAGGUUCACGAGGAGCUGUGGAACGAGACCUUCCACCACCUGGCCGGCCGCUCCAUCAUCAACGACUUUGAGCACAUGGCUGAUAAGGAGUGUGAGAUUGAACACGGGUCUGGCAGGAAGUACCAGUUAUACGGUAUUCACACCAGCAAAGCCUGCAAUAUACUGAGCAAAUACACAGCGUUUGUUCCCAUUGACCUGGACACAAAUGAGUAUUUGCAGACAUGUAUUGAAUACUUAAACCCUGGUGAUGGUCUGAAGAGGAACUCUCACUCCAGCUCUCGCUCGGGGAGCAGGAAGAACAGAGGUUACUCCAUCGGGCUUGGCCGCUCUCAGUCUGGCGGCAUGUCGGAGGAAGUCGAAGAUGUCCUGCUGCACAACAGUGGAGAAGACGGUGUCUCUCCGUGCAGCACCCCCUCCUCCGCCGGCUGGGAGAAGUGUAGCUUUGCAGAGGUCUCCCAGAGGAGUCCCUCUGUGACCUCCGACCAAUCACAGAAAUCGGUGGAAAGCCUUUUUUCUGCCAGGCUGGCCCUCAGCAGGACUCGUCUGCUAACUCGAGCUGCCAAAGGAUUCAUGUGUCGAUCUCACAGCAAGUCUGGUGAUUCAAUUGGAGAGAGCGACAACGAGAACAAAGACUACAUUCCUCUGGUGUUGUUGCAGUUGGCUUGUGGUGCAUUUCCCCUGGACGCAGCUCUGUGCGAUGCCAUCAAUGUGCCCAUGGACAAGCUAAAGUGGACGUCCCCCUUCACCAGCCACCGCACCAGCCUGGGCCACUUGUCUCACUCCAGCAGCCGCCGCACUGAGAGUGCUGAUGACGGAUGCAGAUCACCGUUUGAGCAAGAAACAUAUCAGCAGCCUGCAGAUCACACUGCAGGCAUUCACAGCCCGUCUCAUCUGUCCAGGAGGACCUGGACGGAUGCUGGUCCCUCCUCAGUAGCCAGCCCAUCUGCCGCUGCCAAUCCCCCGCUUUCCACACUCUCCCGGGUGGACAGUGCACAGAGUUCGGGGUCAGGGGGCUUGGAAACACCAUCGCCUGUAGAAAGCAUGGUGUGGGCUACAGCGGUGGCCCUUGCCUGGCUGGAGCACAGCUCUGCCAACUAUUUUAUAGAAUGGGAACUGGUAGCCGCCAAGGCCAGCAUGUGGCUGAGUGAGCAGGACAUCCCAGAGGGCCGAGAUUUAGCAUCAGUGAAGGCUGCUGCCAAUCAGCUCUUCAUCAUCCUCAGACACUGGGAUGAAAACCUGCAACUGAACAUGCUCUGUUACAACCCUAACAGUGUCUGAGGCCUGUCAGUCCAAGACUGAAAGUACUCAAACCCUAACGAUACUAUGCUAACUGAGGCCAUGCUAUUCUCUGAUCAGCAGUUUGUCCUCUGGAGUCUGAUUUUGCGUUGCAGUUGUGAACAAUGUGUGUUUUCUUCUGUUUGUGUGCUGUUCCUCCAAACAUAUCAUAGGCUCUUCAGAGGAACUACAGUGUGUGCAAGCUGUUACCUCGCUGGUGCCAUAUGCUGUAUCUGGAUCACUAUUAGCAAUGGAGCUAUCCGAGUUAUGCCACUGAUUUGAGUUUGAAAGAGAAGAAUGCCAGUGUUAAAUUUGUAGCAUGCUGGACCAUCAUCAUCUGAGAAAAGCUAUUACUGUCAUCACAUUGAUGUAACAAGGAGAAUGCUGCAAAACUAUGGUAAGAUCAACUGUUCCACUAAUUAGUACACACCAUUUUUACAACAGUACAACAUUUUCUGAAUUGCUUGGAUUGUGCUGAGGGGAAACAAAUGUUGAAAAUAAUAAUCUGGUUACUUGCCCUCAGUACUGGCACUCUUUUCUAAUGCUCAAUGCCAUUACAGUGUUAGUACUAUUUGCCAUUUUUGCAGUUUAAUUGUAGCAGAGAAAGAAAAAUAUGCAAAAAGCUAGAGAAAAUAUGACAUAGGUUAACACUUUGUUUAAAAAAAAUAUGUGGUAUAUGUGGGGAAAUGUAUGUAUCUCUCUAGCAUGUGAUUUACUGUCUAUAUUUCAUACAGUUUUUAUUUUCCCGUACCUGAUUAUAACUGUUUUAGAGUAUAAGAUUUAUUAAUUAUUUAAUUUUUACUUAAAAACAAAAACACAGAUGUGGAGCUGAAUGCACCAGCGGUUUGCAGGUUCAGAAUUAUCCUCAUUAUAAGCUGAAGGUUUGCUAAGUAGUAAGGAAAUUUACACUAAUUUAACCCUAAUUCACACAGAGAUUUGUUUUUUUAAUAUUAACUCCCUUCAUUUUUCUAAAUGAAGCUUCUCAAAAAAUAGCACCAAACCUGCAGAAAUUAUUAGGCUUUUAGUACUAAGGACCACAAUUGACUUAAAAUAUAUUAAAAGCAUUAUAUAGACAAAAGCAUUGGGUCAUGCCUCUUAAACUUUGAAUUCAGGUGCCUUUUUAAAUGGCUCAUUCUAAAGAACCCACUGAAUUCAAGCAUGGUACUGUAACAGGAUGUCAUAUCUGCAAUAAGUCAGUUUGUGAAAUUUCUUCCCUUCUAGCUGAUUCCCAAUCAGCUGUAAGUGGUAUUAUUGCAAAGCAGACGUGAUUAAGAGCCACAGCAACUCAUGCAAAGUGGCAGACCGUCUAAAGAUGCAGAGUGGGGUGGCUGAGUGCUGGAGUGCAUAGUGCAUAAAGUGGCAAACACUGUGCUGACUUAAUACCUGUAGAGUUCCAAACCUCCACUAGCAUCAGCACAAAACCUGUGUGCUGAGAGCUUCAUGGCAUGGUCAUGAUUCAAUGACCAAGGAGCUCCUGUAGGUGUAACAGGGGAUUUGUAUUUCUGCAUUGAUAAAUCAGUGCCGUACAUGCAUCAUAACCGCGAGCUGUUCUGUAAACCUGCGCUGUAACCUUUGCCAUAACCUGACGUGCAGCUUCCUGGAAAUGUAACUACACGCCCCGUUGAUGUUGCCCUCCCCUGUUGUAAUUGGUCCGUUCCUCCCCUGACUUUCCGGUGACCUUUUUGCUGCGGUUUUUGAAUGAAUCAGUGGAGCCAUGUGCAUACAACCACGGUUGUGGACGUCGGGCUCUACCAAGAUUCACUGCAAAAGUCUAAAUCAGUCUAAAUCAGCCGUAAUGUGUAGUUGGCCCAGUCAGUUCUUUUGUCCAUGUUUUGUUUUAAGGAUGUAGGAAAUACAAUAGUAACAGGAAGUAGUAUAGUAUAACAAGAAAUAAAGAAAACUAAAAGUUAUUCUGCGAUACUGGCUGGAGAACACCUGUCUUUAAACAUAGCCUUCAUCUUUAUUUCAGUGUUAUAGCUCUUAAUUUUCAUUAUUGGGUCUUGCACAGUUGCAAACUGAAAAACUCGGACCAUAAAAAGAGAGACAGACAGAUAGAAACAGCCAAAUUACUAGAAAUUAGUUGCACAUCCUGCUGACAUCAUAAUUACAUAUAGACAUAUCUAUAUAUAUGCACAAUUAAAUUCAAUACUUUUCUUUCCCCAGAAAGAGCUUUACUUUAAAAGUUAUGUUAUUUGAAUACAGAUUUUUAUUUCAAAUAGUUCACGUGAACAACUCACAUUUGAAAACACUGUUUUAAUAUGAAAUCACCCCCAAAACUAUAAUACAGAUUCUGGAGAGAUCCCACUGUGGACUACAGGUGGAUGCUGGGGUGUUUUAGAGUUGAAACCAGUAGACAUCAAUGCAGGGUUAGAUGGUAAGUUCUGCAUCUUAAAUGGGCUGCCAAUUUGGGAGUAUGUGUUUGGUAUAUGAUGGGAGAGCGAGGCAUGUUAUGUGUGCACGAUGCGUUGCAGCUUGACUUGCCUGCCUAAACGAGUUUUCAGGAUUUAGUCGACUUAAAUAUUUUUUUUAUUGGACACUAUUUAUUUGCACAUUAUAAAGCAAAAUCUAAAACAGUUAAACCCACUUGUAAUGAUCUAGAAUUUAAUUAUCACUUAUGUUGGACCUUGGAUUUGCAAACAGCUGGUGCCGCCUACUCCCCAAUAAUAUGUACAGCGACCAAAAGUCCUGCUCUUGAAAUCAAAGAUGAAUGGCCCCUGCUAAUUAUCACUGUCAAAGCUUCUUUACCUCAAGUGCCUAAACAAGGUUUAAAUCAGCUAAAAAUGUAAAACCUGUUCAUUGCAGUAACAAUUGGUUCAUUUCAAAAAAUAUACACAGUCGAUACCCUUCUUUCUGCCUUUUUUAUUCUUCCUUUUCAGUCCAUUUGAGCAUGUUUCAGUAUUAAUUUUCUAUUUUCCCCCCUCGUUGCAGUGUUGCUUUACUCAGGUAUUCCUUUUUUCACUCAGGCUGAGUUGCAUACGUCCGUCUGCAUGAGCACAGGUGUUUAUGUUAUGGUGUUUGAUGAUUCAAUUGCCACAUUGGAGCCAUUAGUGCAGCAUUUCCCUCUCUGAACUGAGAAAUACAAUGUAGAUGUCAUAUAGUAAUAUUUUUGUCCCGUAAUUGCAGUAUUUAGUGCAGCUGUAAUUGAAAUAAGUAUUUUUUAUGUACCGAGUCAGGUGUAUGGUGCAGUAUCUUUCAACUUGCUGUUCGUGCCUUUAUAAAUGAUUGUUAACUGUUUGAGGCUGCUGAAAGCUUUUGCUGUGUCUUUAUAAUUGUUGAUGCUCUGACCAGCUCUGAAGGUGCAUGUAAUAAAGUAAG